GCCACCAACAAACACACACAAAACAGAGACAUCUGUACACACACACAGGCAUGUACAUACACACAGAAACAUGUACACACAUGCACAGAGACACAUGUACACACACAUACAGACACAUUUAUACACACACAGGCACAUACAGACACGCAUACGCACAGAUACAUGUACAUACACAGAAAUACACACACGCACAGACACAUGUACAUACAUACACGUACACAGACAUACAUGUACAAACAUGCAGACACUUGUACAGAUACACACAUGUACAUACAUACACACACACACGCUGUUAAGUGCUCUCUCCUCUCCCCUGAAGCCACCACUGGCUGACAGAGGAUAAUGUAGGCGCGCACACACACAUACCCCUAUAAAAUGUUGCAGAACUUCGUUGUUCACUCACAGAGCUGGGUACUGCACUCUAGGGGGAGGCAGAGAGCACAGCACACACUCCUUCCUUUACUUUUACUGCACUCAGCUAUUGAGCAGUCUGACGGCUCCCAGUGCCAAUGACAGAUUCGGCCUGAGCUCCGAGCCUGCUCAGCAAGACAGCCCUGGGGGACACACUUGCCCCCACCAUAAUUUCCACUCGCCAUUGGCAAGCAGGCGAGUGGAAAUUUCAAG